CCCAAUCCAUAUGGAACUCUCUUUCUUCCCCGGAAGACUCAGAGCUCUCAAUUCGACAAUUUCUCGAGAAGUACGAAACUAAUACAAAUAUCUCUGAUCAAAACCAAAUUAUUAGGUCAUUCCAAACCCUACCCACUAUUUCUAUCUCUCUCUAUAAAGCAUAAACCCUCUCCUUCCUUCUCUUUCACUGUCUUCAUCAUCUAUCUAAUUGUUCCCAAAUUCUGAUCCUUCAAAAGGGUUUCCAUAGCCACAUGGAAACCCUAAUCCAAUCGCUCCCAAAUCUCCCUCUUUUCUUUUCCUUCUUCCUUUUUAUUUAUCUCCUAGCUUACUUUGUUGUUUUUCGCAAUUGGACCUCCAAAGUCCGAUCAGAAGCCUCCAGUUGCUUGAUCUCCCUCUGUCAUGGCACUCCUGCGGUUUUCCUAGCCUCUUAUGCUAUAUUCGCCGACUCGAACCGUGGCUUUUCGUCGCCGAACACUAUAAUCCAAGACGCUGUUCUUGAUUAUAGCAUUGCUUAUUUUUUAAUGGAUCUAAUUCAUUACGUGAUUUUCUAUCCUAGUGACGUCCUUUUUAUCGGCCACCAUUUGGCUACUCUGUUUGUGUUUAUGACUUGCCGGUACGUUGUUUCCCACGGCGCCUACGCCAUACUCUGGUUGCUGAUUCUUGCUGAGGUGACGAGCUUGUGCCAGAAUACGUGGACCCUCGCCGGUGCCCGUAGGACCGAUGUGAAAUUCGCUUCCAAGGUGUAUGAUUUCUUGUCCCCUCCUUUCUAUGCGUUCUAUUCUUUGGUGAGGGGGCUUUUGGGUCCAUAUUUUGUGUAUCAAAUGGGAGCUUUUUACAUAAGUGGGGUUGCAGAUCGAGUUAUACCCAAAUGGGUUUGGAUUUCUUGGAUGAUUGUUGUGACGACUGCAAUUUCUGUUAGUAUAUUAUGGAUUACCAAUUUGUGGGUUGAAUUGUACAGAGCAAAAAAGAGCAAAUGUGAGAAGAAAUUGACAUAAUAAAGAGUAAAAGAUGUAACUUUUUUUUUUUUUUUUACCAUUUAUUGUAUGUUGCAUGGUUAGACAAUUUUUCAAAUCAUAGGAAUGUUAUUUAACACUGAAAGCUCUGUGCUGGAGCUUCGUGGUUGGGUUUAGUACCCAUUUUUGAAAUGUCUCCUUUGUAUCCUUAAUGUAAUUUUCCAGUUAUAAGAAAAUAAAAUUAUGUGAAGGAGACAUUCCGUUCUA